ACCUCCUGGCCGUCCCCUACCCAAGCCCGGCAGGCGAGGGCGGGGUGCUGAGAAAGAGCGGCAGGAGCUUCGGGACUUAACUGCGAGCUGAGCCCAGCCCAGCCGCCUGUCCGGCUUGUCCAGCUGCCCAGCCGAGCAAUGGCCCGACGCGGACUGCUCUGGUUGCCCCUGGUGCUGUACGUGGCCUCGGUGAAGGCCAACAGCAAGGUGUUUGGUGAUACGGACCAGGUUCGGAUGACGUCGGAGGGCUCUGACUGCCGCUGCAAGUGCAUCCUGAGACCCCUGAGCAAAGACGCCUGCAGCCGCGUCCGCAGUGGGAGCAUGAGAGUGGAGGACUUCUACACGGUGGAAACUGUGAGUUCUGGGGCCGACUGCCGCUGUUCCUGCACGGCACCCCCUUCCUCUCUCAACCCCUGCGAGAAUGAAUGGAAGAUGGAAAAGAUCAAGAAACAAGCCCCAGAGCUCUUCAAGCUCCAGUCCAUGGUCGACCUCCUGGAAGGGACACUGUACAGCAUGGACCUGAUGAAAGUCCACGCCUACAUCAACAAAGUGGCCUCUCAGAUGAACACGCUGGAAGAGACCAUUAAGACAAACCUGAGCCGGGAGAAUGAUUUCAUGAAAGAAAGCGUGGCUCACCUGACCCAUCAGAUGAAGCGCUAUGAGAACUACUCAGACAUCAUGAUGAGUAUCAAAAAGGAGAUUUCCAGCCUGGGCUACCAGCUGCUACAGAAGGAUGCAGCUGCUGGCCCCGAGAGCAAAGCCCAGGAGACAGCUGGUGGAAAAGGCAAGGAAGCCAGCAAAUAUUCUGGAGUCAAGAAAAACUUUGUGGACAAGUCUGUCCCAAGGCCUCCCAAAGACAAGCUUCUGAAAGUAGAGAAGGUGAGGAAAGACACCGUGAAGGGCAGAGCCCUGCAAGCCACAGCAAGGCCCCGAGCCCUCCCCCACCAACAAGCAGUGAUCCGGGGCAUCACCUACUACAAAUCUACAAGGCAGGAAGAGGGGGAGGAUGCAGCUGAAAACACCCUCAAGGGGGUAACAGAGCUGUCGCAGCAGGAAACCAAACUAGAAGGAAGACACCUGGAGCGCAACUUGGAUGAACACAAGGAAGUGGGGGCUACAGAUGAAGGAGACCCCACCCCUGGUCCUCCCACCAGCACCACCCUUCUUCCCACCACCGUGGCUCCCAGUACCACCACCACUACCACCACCACCCCUACCACCACCACCACCACCACCAGCCCUCCAGUCACCAUACUGUCCAUUGGCUACAAUGCUGCAAGCCCCAAUGGGUCAGAAAGUCCUAACCAAGUCAAAGAAGCGGGGUGUGAAGGCACUAUCAAGUCUGUUGACCCCCCUGUGAAGCAGCACAGCUAUGGGCGGAAUGAGGGGGCGUGGAUGAAGGACCCCACAGCCCGGGAUGACAAGAUCUACGUCACCAACUACUACUAUGGGAACAAUCUGGUGGAGUUCCGCAACCUGUACAACUUCCAACAAGGCCGCUGGAGCAACCUGUACAAGCUGCCCUACAACUGGAUCGGGACGGGCCACGUGGUGUUCCAGGGCGCCUUCUACUACAACCGCGCCUUCACCAAGAACAUCAUCAAGUACGACCUGCGGCAGCGCUACGUGGCGGCCUGGGCGCUGCUGCCGGACGCGCUGUACGAGGACACCACGCCCUGGAAGUGGCGCGGCCACUCCGACAUCGACUUCGCGGUGGACGAGAGCGGCCUGUGGGUCAUCUACCCGGCGGCGGACGAGGGCGGCUUCUCCCAGCAGGAGGUGAUCGUGCUCAGCCGCCUGGACCCCGGGGACCUGUCCGUGAGGCGCGAGAGCACGUGGAAGACGCGGCUGCGGCGCGGCUCCUACGGGAACUGCUUCCUGGUCUGCGGCAUCCUGUACGCCGUGGACGCGUACAACCAGCGCCAGGGCCAGGUCGCCUACGCCUUCGACACGCACACGGGCACCGACGCCGCCCCCCGGCUGCCCUUCCUCAACGAGCACGCCUUCACCACGCAGAUCGACUACAACCCCAAGGAGAAGGUGCUCUACGCCUGGGACAACGGCCACCAGGUCACCUACGCGCUGCACUUUGUGGUCUGAGGGAGCGGGGCCUCCCCCGGCACUCUGGGGCCCCGAGGCUCAGCGCGGGAGGAGUGCCCCUCCCCCAGGGCAGGGGCGCGCGGGAGCGUUUCCGGGGCGGGCAGGGGGAGAAACCGGGCGCAGGGCGGGCCAGCUCCCGGAAGUCUCCAGCGCCCCGCAAGCCUUCUAGAGCUAGGCCCCCAUCCUCCCCCCCUCUUCCCCCUGCUUCCGUCUCCUCCUUCCUGACAUAAAAGUCCGCUGCUUUUGCGUCCGGGGGCCUCCUGCAGCCGGAAGCGGGAGGCGGGACCCCGGGGCGCAGAGAAUGAGGACUCUAGAACCCCUGGCUCUGAAAGGGCCCUUCGAGGUCAUGCGUCCCAGUGACCCUCUCCCGAGGGCUGAAAUGUUCUGCCCUUUUUAACAGAAAUCGGGGGUCGCCGUCGUUUCCUACCCGAGGAACGCACAGGGCAGUGUACGACAGAAAGAUUCUGCAUCUACGUAAACCGCUCUUGACGCGGCCGCUUUCCUCGUCUGGCUGGCUCCAGGCCCUCUCUCCCAAGGGGGCCGUCCCUCCGGGAAGGAGCCCCUCUCUGCCCGGCCCCGGGCUCUCUCCUCCAGAAGGGGAUCCCCCCCGCGUCACAAGGGUGUGCCCGGGAGGCGCCGGGAGAGGAAGGCGCGUGUGCGCCUACGGCGUCCUGGGUUUGUCUUUUUCUCCCUAUUUGUCUGCCCAAGGAGCGGUCAUUUCCCUGGGUUUAACUUAAUUUAAUUCAGUGCCGUGUAGCCUGAUGGCAAGAGCACUAAUUAUGCAUUUUUUAAAAAGUCUAAAUCUUACACCUGACUCGAUGACAGAUUCUGGGCAAAUCAGGCCCCUCUCUCUGGGCUUCCACUUCCUCCUCUAUUAAACAAAGGAGCCGAACUGGACCCCAGCUUCUCAGCCUGCGGAUCACAACCCCAUGUGGGGGUCACGAGAUUAUGAUUUGUUUCAGUAAAUGUUUGAUUUGUGCACCUGUUUUAUAUACCUGGGGUCACGUAAACAUUUCUUGGGGGAAAAGUUUGAGAAGUCCUGAUAAUUAACCUCUAAGUUUUUUUUUUUUUUUUUUUCUGGCUCUAAAUCUUAUGAUUUGUUGAGCAGAGAAGAGAGGUUUGGACUAGGGUGCAAGGGGGACCUGUUUGUGCUUCCACUGGGAGUCCUGGAUUCAAGUCCUGACUCUGAGAUUGACUACCAGUGUGGACUUGGACCAAUACCCAUUCAGCUCAGGCACUUUCAGUUUCCUUCUUUGUGAAAGUGAGGGAAUCGGAAACCCUUCCAACUUUAAAUCCUGCGGUCUUAGGGACUUAUUUCAGUUCAACAAAUAGUAAGCGACUUCUGUAUGCAAAGAGAACCCUGGUUGAGGGGACAUUGUUUUCCUGCCCUUGGUAAGCCUGGGCUGUGUUUCAGCCUCAGGCCGCCCCAUGUGCAUUCAGGCCCUUGGCUCCCGGUCUCCUGGGAUGCUGUUGCACACUGUCUGACCCACAUUCCAUCCCUCCACAGUCACCCACGAGCCGGCCUGAAAUCAAAUACCAAGAAAACACGAGAACUUGUUCCAACGUCCUCUCCCUUUCUUCUACAAUGAUUUUUCUUUUGUAAUUCAUAAAUGUUGUCAUCUGUUUCUGCAGUCGGGGCCCAAGAAUGCUGUAAGUGCCUGUAUGCCAGGAAAUGUCGGGAGGGGAGCUGUUUUCAUCAGCUUGUUCCCCUCCUUUCACUCCCCCUAGUUCUGGCCCAGCCCGAGGCUCUCUCCCACUGCAGAAAUGCUUGCUUUGGGCAGCUGCCUGAUAGCUUUGCACCCCCACCCCACUCCCCUCUCGGUAUCACACAGCAGGUAGUCCUGGCAGCUUUCACCAUGUCCCCAAACUGAGGUUCCCAGAGUGCACCUGCUAAAGGCAGAUCAUCUCUCAUUUCUCUAGGCCCCAGUUUCCUCAAAUGGGGGACUUGGCCUUUGCUAUCUCCAAAGGCCCUUCUAGUUCUAAAUCCCAUCACAGUGGGCAUUUCAAACAUUCAUAUACGUACUCAGGGAAACUUUCAUCACUUGUCCCAAACCAUACUGCGAACUGCUAUUUUCCGGGCCGUGGAAUUUAGUCUGAAUAUAUGCUGACCCUUCCCCAAAUAUAGGCUACACACUUAAAAUUAGACAUUCUUGGAAAAAGAUAGAACAGUGAGCAAUGGGUGAAAGCUACAGAAAUAGCCCCACUAGAAAGCUCCAAGUAAAGCUUAGGUGGCCAGUUGUCAGGGAUACAGGACGAGGGAUUCCCACUUGGACCCAAUGAUGUGCAAGGAUCCUUCCAGUUCUGAAAUUCUAUAAUCUGAUGGAGAUGCUUGGUGUAGCACUGGAUUUGUUUCCUGGAUCUGCUACUUUCUUCCUGUGAGAUCUUGGGCAAACAUUUAACCUUUUUAGGUCUUAUGUUCUUUUGUCAAAUGAGGGGGCUAUCUCCGGUCCUUCCAGUGCUAGAUUCUGUGAUUCCUAGAAAAACAACCUAUAGUCUUAAUCUGAACUAUGGUAACCCAUUAUGGGCUGAAAUGGGAGUUGUUUAAAAAGGGGAGGGUGGGAAUAGUAUGGCCUGUACUCAGUAUUAGUGUGCAAGGAGCAACUUCUUCCAUCCUUCCCUUGAACCCCCACCACAGUUCUGCUGGAUUCAGUCCGAACUAUCAGCACCAGGGCAUCCUAUGUGAUUUUUCUUUCAAUGGCUGGGGUCCCACACAGCAGGAAUCCUGAACUCCUCUUGUUUGGGAGGAGCUCUGGAUCUGGCUUGCGACUGGGAAAGGCUUUCUGAAAGAAAGAGGAGACUGCUAGUGACCAGAGACAGCUAAGGGUUGUGAGAAAGAAGAAAUGGAGGAAAGUUGUGGGGAAGAGGAAAACAGGCUUUUCUAAAAGAAUUCCAGCCCUGAAGGCUCUCUUCAAAGGGAGAAGUGUUCAGUGGGAGAACCGCAGUUGGGUCUGAAUGAAGCCAUGCGGUGGGGAGUGGAAAGAGUCUUGGAUUGGAAAUGUAGGGACCUGCAUUUGUGCUGAGGCUCCUACUAACUCACCGUGCAGUCUUGAACAAACCACUAACCUCCUCUUAAUUUUUGUCCCCUUUAAAUGGAGGGUUAGAACAUCUUUGAAGUUGUUUUCAUUUAUAACACUUUAUGGUUUAUGAUCCAGUGUUCCAUGUUCCAAUAAUCUGCCUGCUAAGGCUCCUUCUAAAUUCUAUGUUCUAGGAGUUCUGCAUGCUGAUGUGAAAUCUUAUAUAUCCUCUUCUCACUGCCACUCUUGUUCAAGCCCUAAUCACCUCUUGCCUGGGGAAAUGCAAUAUUUUAUUAUUCUUUCUUGCUUUAACUCUCUCUUCAAUGCAAUCCAUCCUCUACCCAGCCACCAAAGUGAUUUUCCUAAAGCUCAAACACAGCCUUGCCAUUCUUUCUCCUUCGGUGAUCUCCCCAUGCCCCACACACAGUAAACUCCAGGGACCCCCCAGGAGGAAAUAUAAAUCUUACAAGUUGCAUUUAAGUAGUGCUACCCUGCAGUGGGUAGAGUACUGGGCCCAGAAUCAGGAAGAUCGGAGUUCAGAUCUGACCUCAGACACUGUCUGGGUGAGCCUGGGCAAGUCACUUAGCCCUCAUCUGUAAAAUUAGUUGGAGAGGGAAAAGGAAACUAAUCUAGGACCUUUGCCAGGAAAAUGAAGAGUCAGAGGUAACUCGAUGACAAAAUUUGCACUGACAGCUGCUCAUGCCCUGGCCCCUUCCUCCCUUUGCAGGCUUCUUACACUCACCUCCACAACGGGACAGUGCAUGCACCCUGGCUUACUCGCCGUCCCUUGUCCCAGCACUCCCUCUCUGUGGCUCUCCUCGGUGAGGAAUGCUCUCCCACCAGCCAGCCUCCACCCAGGCUCCUCUCAAAUUGGAUGUUCUGCCAGGGGCCCUUUCUGGUCUCCUCAGCUGCUAGUGCCUUCCCUCCUGAGAUUCCCUCCCAGCCAUCUGCGUGUACCUUGUCUAGUGGUCCAUGUUGCCUCUCCCUUUGGAAUGGAUUUUUUUGCCAGGCAUGUAGGAAGAGCUUAAUAAUAUAAUAAUAGUCAAGAGCUUCUUGAUGGAUCGACCUGCUACAAUUCUGUGUUCUGGGUCUCAUCCACCUUUGACAUUCUAUAAAAAUUCAGAGGUCAUCCCAGCUUUCAUAUUGUCGGUUCUAAAGGUCCCUUACAUUUGCCAGGGGUUAGGGCCCUUGCCACCAGUUGGCCAGAAUGGUAAGGCAGGAUUUCUGCCCUAACCUGACUGGAAUCUCAGUGCUCAUUGGGAAGGAGGCUGCACACUCUUAGCCUUCUCUGAAAGGCAAAAGUAUUUCAUCCCACUUCCUUUACCGUAGGGUCUUCUUUCAGGAAUCUCUUUACGGCCUUUUCUUCUUCCUGCCUAAAGUGUUAACUUUGUGGUACUCCUGAUCCUUAAGGAGAUUCAUUUAAAAAGUAUUUGAAGAUGGGCCCGCUUUUCCCCAAUCUGUAAGUGUAUUUCCUUGUGAGCAUACAGGGGGUGGCUGAGAAUAUAGCCAGAUAUCACAGAACCUGGGAUUAGGAAAGAGUGUUUAUACAUGAUAAUAAUUUUAAAAAACCUUUAGAGGUAGAAGGAACCAAAAGUGCCUAUUUUGGGGGGUUGGAGGACCUGGAUUCAAAUGCCGACUUUUCUAUGCUGCCAAUGUGGCCUGAGACAAUGCACUUAAUUUCUCUUGAUAUCAGUUUCUCUUUAUAAAAUGAGAAGAUUGGCCAGUUGAUCUCUCAGGUCCCUUCUAGUUCUAACAUUCUGUGAUAAAAACCCCAUUUCUAUAGCGCUGUAAAGUUAAUAAAUUAUUUUCUUAACAACAACCAUGUGAGUUAAGCAGGGCUGGGGCUGUUGCCCUGUUUUCCCAUGGCAGUAUCAAAAAGUCCCUUCCAGCUCCCAAAACCUACAAGGUUUGCUCCAAACCCUCACUGCAAGGAGCCAUCCCAGUGCCAUUGUACAUUUAGUCUGAAAGGCUCACCUAGAACAAUCACUCAUCGUUAUUUAUGGACACAGAGACAGCUUGUGGAGCCCAAUCUUCCAACUCAGGACUGUUCUGAGGGUCUCUAAGAAGAGAGGAAGAAAUGGGCUUCCCUCCCUCAUGUGUCAAUACUAGAGUUUCCAUAACUGGUUCCUUCAGUCUUUCAAGUCUAAGAGUGGUCCAACCAAAUCCAGCAGGCCAGGUUUGCCCUAUUGUCUGUUUUUCUUCUACUGUGAGCUAAGGAUUGUUUGGACAUUUUAAAAAUAAUGUAUUAUUAUAUUUUAAAAAUGUAAGAAUGAGCUUUAAAAAAAACAGGCAGACAACCAUAGUUUGCCAAAGUCAGCUCCAGUCCAAGUUCUCCUGUACCCCUUGCAAAAGCCAAACUAGCAAGUAUCACCUUGUGAAGCAAGGUACCCAAAUGUGCAUCCUGUAGAAUCUGCCUGUAUCAGUAGCCAUGCAUCCACAUUGGUUGGCAACUUUUUUUUUUAAACAUGUAAUAAGCCUUUGAAAUAAAAGAAAAAUAUGAUCCCUAAUCAAGGAUUGCUUCAUUUCAAAUAAAUAUUAUUUGAAAAACAGAACAAAGAUAUCUGGGGAAUAAAAUCUAUCACAACCACAUGAUUCAAUUUCAAUUGUCUGUAUGAUAAUUAUGUCUUCUUCCACUAAUUUUGGUUCAGCAGAAAGAGUACUGAACUGGGGGGUCCUAGAUUUGUUCAGUCUUUUUUCAGGUGCAUCUGACUCUUUGUGGCCCUAUCUG